AUGGACAAAAUCGGGUAUCGAGCUGUCAUUAAAUAUCUGGUUUUGAAAGGCAAUACGCCUACACAAAUUAAACAUGAGUUGGAUUCUAUGUAUGGGGACUCUGCACCAUCAUUUACCACAGUGAAAUUUUGGGCAGCUGAAUUUAAACGUGACCGUAAGAGCUUGGGAGACGAUGAACGUUCGGGACGUCCAAAAACUGCAACUACGGACGAUAACAUCGCCAAAGUUCACCAAAUGGUGCUAGACGACCGCCGAAUUAAAGUGAGAGAGAUAACAGAGAUUAUGAACAUAUCAAAAGAACGUGUUUGUCACAUAUUAGGCAUGAGAAAGCUGUCCGCGCGUUGGGUGCCGCGUUUGCUCACGUUAGACCAAAAGCGUGUUGGUAUGAACAUUUCCGGCCAUUUUUACGGAAAAACGGCCUCAUUUACAGAAAAAGAAAAUCCUGUUUCACCAAGAUAA